AUGGAUGAUUUAGAAUCACAAGCAUUAGAAAAUAUCCAUGAUUACUUGAAGGAAUGCUUGGAUAAAAAUAAUUAUAAUACAAAAGGAAAAGAAGAAAACAAUGUAGAUAAUAUAUCAUUAAUUUACAUGUCCUUAAAAAAAUAUAUAUUAAGAUUAAUAAAUAUUAAUAAUUUUAUUAAACAAGAAAACUUUUUUUUGAAAAAAAAAAAUGAAACGUUAAUUAAAGAAAAUAAUGAAAAAAAUAUAUUAAAAGUCACUAAUAAUAAAAAAGGGAUGCAUAAAAUAUAUAUGGACAAAAUAAAUGAAUUGAAUAAUGAAAAUGAGUUUAUUAAAUAUAAAUUUCAAAAAAUAUUGAGGGAACAUAUUUCCUUAGCAAGAGACAACGUUCAUUUGAAUAACUCAUUAUUAGAUAGACAUAAUUACAUUUUAAAUGAUAAUUUCAAAAAUAAAAGUAUUACAUUGAAAAAUGAUAAUUCAGAUAAAUCACUUAACAUGUCCAAAUUUUACGAAGGUGAAAACAGUACUGAAGAUGAUAAUUUAAAUUAUUUGAAUAUGAAUUUAUUUUCUUUUGAAAAAAAAUUUGAAAGAAUUUGUAAAUGUGCAAAUUUUUUGGAAGAUAUAUUGAAUAUCCUUAACAGAAGUAUCAAAUAUGAUGAAUCAGUGAUAUUUCAAAAAAAAGUAGAGAAUUUAAAAAUAGAAAAAGAAGAAUUGAUAAUGCAAAAUUUAUUUUUAAAAGAAAAAGUUUUAGAAAUUGAAACUUUUAUUUUAAAUGAUCCUUUUUUAGUAGAAAAAUUUAAUUUUUUCUAUGAUUCAAAAAAUAUAAGUUUUGAUGAAUCAAUAAAAAACAACUUUAAAUUAUUUAAAAACAACAAUAAACAUAUGCUAUAUCUUGGCUUAUGCUCAAUGGAAAAAAAAAAUAUCUAUUUAAAAGAAAAGUUAUCAAAUGAAAAAAAGGAAAAUCAAAUAUAUAGGGAAUAUAUUCACAGUGUAAAUGAUAAACUAAAAAAAGAUUUAACAGAAUUAUAUAAAUUAGAUGGUAAUAAAAAUAUUAGUUAUAAUAAUUCUACGGAAAUUUGUAAUACUAAUAAUUACCAAAAUAUUAAUGAAAACACAUUCUAUUUUAAUUUUUAUGAUACUAAAACUAAAAAUAAUGGUUUUGCAAGUAACAAAACAAAAAAUAUAUGGAAUCUUAAUAAUGAAUUAUCUAAAAUGAAUGACUCAAGAUUUUCUGGUAUGUUUAAAAUGACAGGAAACAAAAUUGAUUAUAACCAGAAAAGAUUAACAUAUGCAUGGAAAAGAAUUAAAGAGUUAGAAGAGGAACUUAAUGAUCUAAAAGAAAGAAAAAAGGAAAGCAAUUUAAAACAACAUAAAGAGGAUAGCUUGUUGGAAGAAUUAGAUGAUUACAUGAAAAAUGAAGCGUAUUACUACAGAAUAAAAGAGUUAAUAAUUAAAAGAAAAAAACAAUUGGAUGCAAUUUUAAAAACAGAAGCUAAUGAAAAAAAUAACAAAAUAAAUAAAUUUAGUGCUGUAAAUUAUCAUUUAGAGAGAAAUUAUAUGAACAAUAGAAGAUUAUUAAAUGAAUAUCUGAAAAAUAGAGAAAAUAUUUUAUCUUUAGACAGCCAUUGUUCAAAUGAAAAAAAUAAUUACAAUUAUUAUAUUAAUAAUAGAAUUAUUUAUCAAUAUAUGGAAUAUAAACGCAUGUAUGACUUUUAUAUGCAAAAUAAGAAAAUAUUAAAAAAAAAUGUAAAUAAUAAAGACCUUAAUAAUAUAGUGAACAAAUAUGCGUCAUAUUACGAAAAUAUUGAUAAGCGGCAUAAUAAUCUUAGUAUGCUUCCUAAUGGAAUAAAUAAUGAAUCUAUGAAAUUACUUCAAAAAAUAAUUGAAUCGAGAAAAUUUUUAAAAGAAUGUAGUAACAAUCUAUAUAAUAAAGAAGAAAAUGAAAAUGGAAAAAAUCUAUAUGUAAAUAAAAAAGAAUCUCAAUUUCAUGAUUAUAUUUUAGAUAAUAAUAACCAAAGUCAUAAGAAUAAUUCUAAAGAUGAAAACGAAAAAAAUAAUCAUAAAGACAGUAAAAUGAAAAAUAGAAAUGAAAGUAGAAGUUAUGAAAAUUUAAAUGAUAUAUCAUUGAAUGAAAAUAAAAUAUACGAAAGUAUUUCUGAAAAGGAUCAUAUUGGAAAAAUGAAGAAAUACAAUAAGGAAUAUAACUUGUCUAACAAAAAUGAAAACAGUAAUAUUAAUUUAAAAGAUAAUUAUAAUGUGCAUGAGAAUUCAGAAAAUUUUGAUUCCAAUGUAAAAUAUCCAAGAAGACACGAUUCUUCUCUUGAGGUUUUAAAAAAAAAUAUAAGAAAUCUCGUGAAAAAUAAAAAGGUGAAGAAAGAGAAAAGUAAAUAUGAAAAAAAACGAAUAGACUUAAAAUUAAGUAAAUCAUUAUCAAUAUAUAAAACAAAUAAAAAUUACAAUAAUACAAAUUCUUUAGAAAACUGCAAUAAUAUCUCCAAUUUCAUUGAAAAGGGAAGCCAAAGUAGCACAAAAUAUAAUAUACAAAAUAAUGAAUUUGAGAUAGAACCAAUGGAAAAGAAAAUAAUAGCAACGAAAAAGAAAGAAGAAAUUAAAAAAAGUGAAGAUAGUGUAGAUAAUAAUAAUAUAAACAUUCAAUGUAAAAAAGGUUUAGAUAAUAUGCAUGAAACUAAAAAAGAAAAUAUUACAAAUAAUGAUAAAUUAGAUAUUGUAGACAAGAUUAAAGGAAAAAAAGAAAUAAAAAAUGAAAGUGAAUUAAAUACUACAGAAGAAAUUAAAAAAAAAGUAAAUAUUACACAUAAAGAUAAUUCAUAUAUUAUAGAUAAUAUCAAAAAUAAAGAAAAUAUUAAAAGUGAAAACAAAUUAGACCUUAAAAAUGUAACUAAAAAAGAUAUAAAUGUUAAAAAUAAAAAUAAAUUAGAUAUUAAAAGUGAAAUUAAAAAGAAUAAAAACGAUAAAAAUAAAAACGAAUUACCUUCUAAAGAUGAAAUUAAAAAUAAUAAAACUGUUAAAAAAAAAAAUAAAUUGGAUGCUGAAGAUGAAAUUAAAAAUAAUAAAAACGAUAAAAAUAAAAACAAAUUACCUUCUAAAGAUGAAAUUAAAAAUGAUAAAAACGAUAAAAAUAAAAACAAAUUACCUUCUAAAGAUGAAAUUAAAAAUAAUAAAAAUAGUUCAAAUAUAAAUGUAAUUGAAAAAAAUGAUAAAGUUAAAUAUGAUAAUGAUGAUAAAAAAAACAAAGAAAAUAUUGUAAAAGAAAAUGAAAACUCAAGUUUCACAAAUAAUAAUUCUUUUGAUAUAAAAAAUAAUAAUAAAGAAAAACAUUUAGGUAAAAAAGAAAAUUUUGACUUAAUUGACAAUACUGAAUCAGAAUAUGAAUCUUCUGUGCAAGACUUUUUUGAUAUUAAAAAAUAUUCUAAUGUAAAAAUUGGAUUAUUUAGAGAAAUACUUUAUAGUCAUGAUAAAAAUAUAUACACCUUUUUUAUGAAUUUGAUUGCUUUUAGUAAAAUUGAUUUAAUCAAAACAUACAAAAACAGAUUAAUUAAUGUACAGAUUAACUCUAGUGAUAUGUUGCAGUACGUUUUAAAUAAUUAUACAAGGUAUAAUAUGAAUACAGAAGAGAAGGAAAAAAAAAUAAAUCCUAAGGAUUUAAGCGAAAAUGAAUAUAAACUUGUUAUUGAUUAUAUAUGUAAUAACGACAAUGCAUUUUCAUUAAAAAUACUAUAUCAUAAAAUUAAUUUUAUAUCUAAUGAAGACUAUAAUGAAUUUAAAAAUAGGUUAUUAGAAUGUGGUAUUAUUAAUUUAAUUAACUUACUUCAUGAUGAAGAUAUAAAUAAUUACGAUAAAAUAUUCAAUGUUUCUUUUGUUAAUUUUUGUGAUAUUCUUGGAAUAUCUAAAGAAUCUUGCACAUUUCAUUUUAAUUGCAUUGAUAAUAGCAAUAAAAAAAAAGGAUAUAUUUACUUAAAGAGUUUACUUAAUUACUUAAAAGUAGAAGAAGAUAUUAAGGAGGAAUAUCAUAAAUAUAAUUUUAUUUCCAUUUAUAAAAAGAAUCUAAUAUAUAUAAAUAUUAAUGAAAAUUUUGAUAAUUUAUAUAAAUUUUUUAAAGCUAUAAUUAAAAAAAAUAAGAACUUCAUUAGUUUGAAUGAAUUAGUAUAUUUUUUUUAUGAAGAUGAAAAACUAAAAAGAUAUAAUUUUCCUCAAGAUGAUAUAGUAAGUUUAUAUUAUUCUAUAAUUUUUUAUGUAUAUUAUACCAACAAAAAUAAAAUUUUACAAAGUGUAAAUAAUUUUAAAGAUUAUGAUAAGAACAUUGCAAAUAAUUCUGAUAAGGAUGAUAUGAAAGAAAAGAAUAAAAAUAAAAUAAUAGAUCCUUAUGCAAAAGUCAAAAAUAAAAAUUAUAAAGGGGACAUUACUUCGGAUUCUAGCUAUAAUUAUGUGAAUUAUAAUUUAUUAUUAUGUAAGGAGCAUUUUAGUUUAGAUGAUUUUAAUUUUGUCAUUGAAUUAAAAGAUUUAUAUUUUUAUUUUGAAGGAUAUGAAUGCCCAUUUUCUAAAAUUAAAAGAAGAAUUAUAGAAAUAUAUGGUUCUUUGAAGAAGGCAGUACUCAUAAAUAAAGAAAUUGUUAAUUAUAAUAAUGAAAAAAAUAAUUCUGAUAGUGAUGAUACACAAAGUAAAUGUGAUUUGGACUCUGAUCAUUUUUAUACAACAGAUAAAUAUAGAUAUAUGCAUUCGGAAAAAAUUACCUUUUAUGAAAGAAAAACGUCUUAUAAGGAAGAAGAUAUAGAAAUAAAUAAAAUAAAUAAAAUAAAUAAAAGUGUUUUUAUGUGUUUAAUGUAUAAUAUAGGAAUUCAUAUAGAUCACUGUCAAAGUCUAUGGGAUAAUUUUGUUCCAUUUUUAGAAGGCGAUAUGUUGGAUUAUAAAAUUUUUAAUGGUUUUCUAAAUGGAAAAAUUAACAUAAAGGGUAAUGAAACAGAAGACAUUAUAAGAAAUAUAAAAAUUAAUUCUAUGGAAAGCGAAGAAAUACAUACAGAAAGUAAUGGAAGACUUACGAAUAGGUUAAAGGGAACAAUAUGUUCUCAGCAUUUUAAAAAUUUCAGAGAAAAGAAUUUUAUAAAUAAUUUAACUGUUGAUGAAAUAGAGGUAGUUGCCCAAGUUUUGAAUGGUGUUCAUCCAUUUAAUUAUUUAGAUAAAAAUGAAAAAAAAGAAUUCAUAAAAAAAUUGAAUAAAAAGUGCUAUCAAAAAGAUUAUGAUUUAGAAUUAUUACAUGAAAAGAUAGGUCAAAAUAAGGAACAGUCAGAAACAGGAAACAACAAAUUACCAGAUGAAACUUAUCUCAAUAAUAAAAUAACAAUUCUAAUAAAUGGAAUAUUAAGACACAAAAAAGAUGCAAAUACCUUUAUAAAUAGCGUUAAUAUAAUAAGUGAAGAUAAUAUUUAUAAUUACAUAGCACAUACUAAUAUUGCUAUAAUAGAAAUUGAUAAUACUUUUUAUACUAGCGAAUUCAACAAUUUAGUAAAACAAAAAAUUUUAGUAUCUCAAGAAUUUAUGAAAAUUGUUGAUGAUAUACCAAUUUUAAAAAAUUUUCCUUACGAAAAAAAGUAUAGUUUAUCUAUGAAUAUCAAAAGAUAUGAAUUUGAAAAAAAGAGAGUAAUAAUAAGACAACAUGAUGAUCCUGUAAGUUUUUAUAUAGUAAAGGAAGGCACAUUAAAUAUUUAUUUUAAUAAUACAGAUAAACCUAUUAACACGAUAUCACAAAAUACUUUUUUUGGAGAAAUAGCUUUAAUAUUCAAUACUUUAAGAACAUGUAAUGUAAUUGUAGAAUCAGAUACUGCCAUUUGUUAUUGUAUUUCUAAAGAGUACUUUUUAUCUAUAUUGAAUAAAGAUAUAGUAAAUGAAUUCAUAGAAUAUUUUCGUUCUAAUUAUAAAGAUGAUGUUGAAAAAAUGAUUAGAAAUUCUGCAUAUAAUUAUGAAAGAAACUCAAAUAAUAAAUUAAAUAAUAAAAAUGAGAAAGAAUCAAAAAAUGAAUUCACAGAGCACCCUAAAAAAAAUGAAAAAAAUAUUAGUAGAAGGAAUAAUGAUAGCCUUAGUACAAGAACUUUAAGCCAAAUAAAAGAAAUAAAUUCAAGUGAUACUAAUACCAUAUAUUCAAAAAAUGGUUGUUUAUCUAAAAGUUUUAACAAUUUAAUUGAUGAAAAUAAUAAAAGUUGUGUUAAUUCUUUAAAAAGUAGAAAUCAAUAUUCCAUCAACAGUGCAAAUAGUAAGAUUUUGUCAAACAGCUUAUCAGCUGAUAAUGUUUCUUUAGAUUUAGAUUAUAUUAAUAAAAAAUAUUUACAAUCAUUUUACAGUGAUUUAGAUAAAAUUCUUUUAAAUAUUUUUAACACUGAGCAAAAAUAUUUUACUGAAGAAAUGGAAAAGAAUUUAAUGAAGGUAAAAGUACUGAAAAAAAUAUUGAAUAAAAUGGAGGAUAAAGAAGAAUUUUUAAGAAACUUGAAAUAUGAAAAGCAUCCCAAAGGAAAGCACAUAAUGUUAGAAGGAGAAUAUUUUGAAAAAUUUUAUUUUGUUAAAAAAGGAGAAAUAUCCAUACAGGAAUUUAAUCAAUAUAAAAAUAUAUAUGAAGAAAUAUCUAUUUUUAAAGAAAAUGAAUAUUUUGGUCAUAAAUUUAUUUUAAAUAAGAAUAAAUCCUCUUUUAUUGCAAUAACAACAACAUAUACUGAAUUAUAUACACUUGAAGCUUCGCUCUUUAAAAAAUUUCUAACUCCUUAUAGUGAUAUUCUAAACAAAAAAAAAGAUGUUUUUAAAAUAGAUGCAUUAUCUGAAACCAUAAAUAAGGAAGUACAAACAAAAGAAAAAGAUACGAAUUAUAUUUUAAACGUAUUAAAAUUUUUAAAAAAAGUAAAAAUUCUUAAUAAAUUGGAUGACGAUGCGUUAUACAAUGCUGCUAAAAACUUUACUUUUAAAUUUUUUAAAAAAGGACAAGUAAUUAUUAAAUAUAAUGAUGCACCUGAUUUCUUUUAUGUUAUUAGAAAAGGGAUUGUUUCUGUAAAAUUAGAAGACAAAGAAGAAAAUGCAGAAAAUAAUAAUUUAUACGAUGAAAAAAAAGAACAGAAAAAGUUAAAUGAACUGAACAAAAUAAAAUCUGCAUAUUUAUAUAAAUACGAUUAUUUUGGAGAGUUAUCAAUUUUAAACGAGCAGUUGAGGACAGCUAAAUGUGAAGCACAUACAAAUUGCUUUUUAUUAGCAAUAGAUAAAGAAUCAUUUAUUAAUAAUUUUAAUAUUAUAUUUAACGAUUUAUUACAAGAAGCGGAACAAAGGUAUACCAGAAAUUAUUCUUUACCUCCAUGGUUAAAAGCUAUGUAUGGUUAUGACUCUAAUAAGUGUAGUACUUCAUUAUCUAUAAAAAUACCAGAUUCAGGUAGUUCUUUCAGUAGUAUUUCAAAUGUUAGUAGUGAUGAAUUUAGUUUUGAAAAAGAAAUAAAUGAACAAUUGAAAAAUGAAAAAGAAAAAACUAAAAAUAAAAAUUCCGAUAUUUUAGCUACGAGUAAAACAAGUGAAUUUAGUAACUCAAAAAGUAUUUUUAGCGAAAGUAGCUUAAGCAGCAUAGAUAAUGAUAAAGAAAUGAACAAAAUAAAAGAAGAAAAAGAAAAAAAAAUAAAUGAAAUUAAGUUAAAGGAAUUAAAAAUAUUAGAAAAAAUAAAAUUGAAAGAAGAAAAAAAAAUUAAAGAAACAUAUAUGAAAAAAAAAGGAGUAAGCGAAACAAUUUAUAAUAGAGAAAACAAUCAAGAUAUAUCUGAAAAUAGCAGUAGUAAUCAAAUUAAUCAUAAUAUUACAACUCAGUCAUACUCCGAUAAAGAAAAAUAUAUAGACAAAGAUAAUUUUGAUAAAAAAAAGUUAAAUAGUGAGGAAAGUAGCCUGAAAAAAGAUCCUGAAGACGUAGAAGAAAAAAAUAAAAAUAUAAUAUAUAAAGAUACUAAGAAGAAAAAGGAAAUAGAAAACAAGGAUAUUGAAAAAUACGCAGAUGUACUUCCGAAAAAAUCUUUAAGUAUUUUAAAAAAAAAGGUUAGUUCUUGUAAUUCAUCUGAAUUAGAUAUAGGAAAAUUGAUUGAAAAAUUAAUUGAUUUUAUAAAUUCAGAAUACAAUUCUAUUUUUCAUUUUUAUGAAAGUAUAGAUAAAUUUAAUAUUGGAUACAUAAAAUACAACGACUUUUUGGAUUACAUUAUCACUUUAAAUAUAGAGGAUAGAUUUGAAUCUAGAGAAAAUUUAGAGAAAUUAUUCAAAUAUUUGUGUGGAGAUAAGCAUAUUUUGACCUUGAUAGAUUUUUAUAAAAAUAUUUAUAAAAAUGAAGAGGUAGAUAAGUAUGAAUUAAAUUUAAGAUUAACAGAAAUUUAUGGUAGCAGCACUUUAGCAUUUAAAAAUGUUGCUCUCUUAAAUGUUGAAGAUUGUUCAUGUAACUAUUCAAAUUUUGAAACAGUUUGUGAAAAAGUUGGUUUGAGUAUUGCUAAUAUAAAAAACAUAUGGGAUGAAAUAAACAUAAUGAAUGAGGAGUUAAUUCCUCUUGAAAUUGUUCUUAGCAUAUUAAAUGGUGAAUUAUUGAUUGAAGAAUCAUAUAAAGCCUAUAAUGAUAAAAAAUCACUUCUGAAUCAAUUUGUUAAUUUUUUUCAAGGAAAUGAAGAUCUUACCAGAAUGAAUACAAAUUUAAUGGAAACUAACUUUGAGAUAACAUAUGAAGAACCAAUUAUAAUUAACAAAGGGCACCAUAAAUUAUAUUCAAAUGAAUGUUCACAUAUAGUCAAAUUACUAGAGAAUAAUAUAUAUUUUAAAUAUUUGACAUUAGAACAAAGAAAAUUUUUUACAACACUAAUGAAUAGACAUACUAUGAAAUGUAAUGACAUUGUAAUAAAGCAGAAUGAUGAAGAGGCACCUAUAAUAUGUUUAUAUGAAGGAAAAGCUAAUAUAAUUAGUUUUAAUAUUUUUGGUAUAGAAUCAGUGAUAAGAGAAAUUGAAAAUAAUGAAUUAUAUGGUUGUGAUGAAGUUGUUAGUGAAUCACCAUCAGGAUAUGAAGUAAAAGUAAGUUCUGAUAUUGCUGUUGUGUGGAUAUUAGAUAGAUUAUCUUACAAAGAAAAUUUAAAAUUGAUGUUAGAAGAAAGGAAAAAAAAUUGCUUUCAUAUUAUGCCAGUACUUAGAAAUGUACCAAUAUUAAGGUAUCUCCCUGAAGAAGAACUGGAAAAUAUCUCUUAUGCAAUGAAAGUAGAAUUUUAUCAACCUAAUCACACUAUAAUAAAAGCAAAUACAUAUGAUGAUAAAUAUUUUAUAAUAUGUAAAGGUUUGGCUACAGUAGAAAAGCAUUCAAACAGUAACAAGGAUAAACUUAUAUUAUCUACCUUAAAAAAGGCAGAUUAUUUUGGAGAAUUAGCGCUAAUAAAAAAUAGUAAAAGGUCAGCUAAUGUUGUUUUAGAUACAGAAACUAUAUUAUUAUCAAUUAACGAUUCAGAGUUCAAUAGAUUAUUCAAUCCUUAUUAUGAAAAAUUUCUAAAUAGAGCUAAAGCAAAUUAUAAAAGAAUGGAAAUAAGAAAUUUAAAUGUGUCAUCAGAUAUUGUUGAUGCUAAUAGUAACACAUACAUUAGCUCUAUAAGUUCAUAUAAAUCAAGAAAUAAAAUUGUCACUAUUCAAGAUUACGAUGAUAUAGAAAAGUCUAUAAAUAGCUCUUCAGAAAAUGUUAAAGAUAAUAUAUGCUUUUCAUUUGAUCAAAAUGAUAAUAAUGAAAAAAAAGAAAAUGAUAUAAGCGUAAUUGAAAACAAAAAAAAAGAAGAGGAUGAAGGAGAAAAAAAUGUUGAUAAAAAAAAAAAAAAGAAUAAAGGGAAAGAAAGAGACAAAGAUAAAGAUAAAAAUAAAAAGGAUAAAAAGAAAGAAAAGAAUAAAGAAAAAGAUAAAAAUAAUGUAAAUAAAGAAAAGGAAAAAAGUAAAGAAAAUAAUAAAAACAAAGAGAAUAAAAAAUAG